GCGCCCCGGAAGCCGGAGGCGCUUGACGGCAGCUUUCCGGUGGUGGGAAAGUGAACGAAUCCCGAAUCAAAGCGGCGCAUUCUGAGGCCGGUGGGGUGCCAGUGGAAGAGGGAAGGCAGGCGACUGUUUACGGCCUGACUUGGGAGGACGGCGGAUCAGCAAUUGCAGAAGCAGGCAGCGGCAGAGAGGGAAUGGUGCAGGCAGGCGCUGAGAAGGAGGCACAGUCCAUCCCUCUCAGGGUUAGUGAAUGAGGCUCUCCGCCCGGGCCGGCCCGGGGACAGUGCGCUGCGGGUCCCAGCAUGAAUGCGGGCCCCGGCUGUGAACCCUGCACCAAGCGACCCCGCUGGGGCGCCGCUACAACUUCGCCGGCUGCUUCGGACGCCCGGAGCUUUCCCAGCAGGCAGAGGCGCGUCCUCGACCCCAAGGACGCUCACGUGCAGUUCAGGGUCCCACCGUCCUCGCCAGCCUGCGUCCCAGGGCGGGCGGGACAGCACAGAGGCAGCGCCACCUCGCUUGUUUUCAAACAAAAGACUAUUACCAGUUGGAUGGACACUAAAGGAAUCAAGACAGCGGAAUCAGAAAGUUUGGAUAGUAAAGAAAACAACAAUACAAGAAUAGAAUCCAUGAUGAGUUCUGUACAAAAAGAUAACUUUUACCAACAUAAUGUAGAAAAAUUAGAAAAUGUUUCUCAGCUAAAUCUUGAUAAAUCACCCACUGAAAAAAGUACACAGUAUUUGAACCAGCAUCAGACUGCAGCAAAGUGUAAGUGGCAAAAUGAAGGGAAACACACGGAGCAGCCUUUGGAAAGUGAACCUCAAACAGUAACCCUGGUACCAGAGCAGUUUAGUAAUGCUAACAUUGAUCGGUCACCUCAAAAUGAUGAUCACAGUGACACAGAUAGUGAAGAGAAUAGAGACAAUCAACAGUUUCUCACAACUAUAAAGUUUGCAAAUGCAAAGCAGACUACAGAAGAUGAACAGGCCAGAGAAGCCAAAAGCCACCAGAAGUGCAGCAAGUCUUGCCAUCCUGGGGAAGACUGUGCGAGUUGUCAGCAAGAGGAGAUAGACGUGGUGCCAGAGAGUCCAUUGUCAGAUGUUGGCUCUGAGGAUGUUGGUACUGGACCAAAAAAUGACAACAAAUUGACUAGACAAGAAAAUUGCCUAGGAAAUUCUCCUCCAUUUGAGAAGGAAAGUGAACCCGAGUCACCGAUGGAUGUGGAUAAUUCUAAAAAUAGUUGUCAAGACUCAGAAGCAGAUGAGGAGACAAGUCCAGGUUUUGAUGAACAAGAAGAUGGUAGUUCCUCCCAAACAGCAAAUAAACCUUCAAGGUUCCAAGCAAGAGACGCUGACAUUGAAUUUAGGAAACGGUACUCUACUAAGGGAGGUGAAGUUAGAUUACAUUUCCAAUUUGAAGGAGGAGAGAGUCGCACUGGAAUGAAUGAUUUAAAUGCUAAACUACCUGGAAAUAUUUCUAGCCUGAAUGUAGAAUGCAGAAAUUCUAAGCAACAUGGAAAAAAGGAUUCUAAAAUCACAGAUCAUUUCAUGAGACUGCCCAAAGCAGAGGAUAGAAGAAAAGAACAAUGCGAAACCAAACAUCAAAGAACAGAAAGGAAGAUCCCUAAAUACGUUCCGCCUCACGUUUCUCCAGAUAAGAAGUGGCUUGGAACUCCCAUUGAGGAGAUGAGAAGAAUGCCUCGGUGUGGGAUCCGGCUGCCUCUCUUGAGACCAUCUGCCAAUCACACAGUAACUAUUCGGGUAGAUCUUUUGCGAGCAGGAGAAGUUCCUAAACCUUUUCCAACACAUUAUAAAGAUUUGUGGGAUAACAAGCAUGUUAAAAUGCCUUGUUCAGAACAAAAUUUGUACCCAGUAGAAGAUGAGAAUGGUGAGCGAACUGCAGGGAGCCGGUGGGAGCUCAUUCAGACUGCACUUCUCAACAAAUUUACACGACCCCAAAACUUGAAGGAUGCUAUUCUGAAAUACAAUGUGGCGUAUUCUAAGAAAUGGGACUUUACAGCUUUGAUGGAUUUCUGGGAUAAGGUACUUGAAGAAGCAGAAGCUCAACAUUUGUAUCAGUCCAUCUUGCCUGAUAUGGUGAAAAUUGCACUCUGUCUGCCAAAUAUUUGCACCCAGCCAAUACCACUCCUGAAACAGAAGAUGAAUCAUUCCAUCACAAUGUCGCAGGAACAGAUUGCCAGUCUUUUAGCUAAUGCUUUCUUCUGCACAUUUCCACGACGAAAUGCUAAGAUGAAAUCGGAGUAUUCUAGUUACCCAGACAUUAACUUCAAUCGAUUGUUUGAGGGACGUUCAUCAAGGAAACCGGAGAAACUUAAAACGCUCUUCUGCUACUUUAGAAGAGUCACAGAGAAAAAACCUACUGGGUUGGUGACAUUUACAAGACAGAGUCUUGAAGAUUUUCCAGAAUGGGAAAGAUGUGAAAAACCCUUGACACGAUUGCAUGUCACUUACGAAGGUACCAUAGAAGGAAAUGGUCGAGGCAUGCUACAGGUGGAUUUUGCAAAUCGUUUUGUUGGAGGUGGUGUAACCAGUGCAGGACUUGUGCAGGAAGAAAUCCGCUUUUUAAUCAAUCCUGAGUUGAUUAUUUCACGGCUCUUCACUGAGGUGCUGGAUCACAAUGAAUGUCUGAUUAUCACAGGUACUGAGCAGUACAGUGAAUACACAGGCUAUGCUGAGACAUAUCGUUGGUCCCGGAGCCAUGAAGAUGGGAGUGAAAGGGACGACUGGCAGCGGCGCUGCACUGAGAUCGUUGCCAUCGAUGCUCUUCACUUCAGACGCCACCUCGAUCAGUUUGUGCCUGAGAAAAUGAGACGCGAGCUGAACAAGGCUUACUGUGGAUUUCUCCGUCCUGGAGUUUCUUCAGAGAAUCUUUCUGCAGUGGCCACAGGAAACUGGGGCUGUGGUGCCUUUGGGGGUGAUGCCAGGUUAAAAGCCCUAAUACAGAUACUGGCAGCUGCUGCAGCUGAGCGAGAUGUGGUUUAUUUCACCUUUGGGGACUCAGAAUUGAUGAGAGACAUUUACAGCAUGCACAUUUUCCUUACUGAAAGGAAACUCACUGUUGGAGACGUGUAUAAGCUGUUGCUACGAUAUUACAAUGAAGAAUGCAGAAACUGUUCUACCCCUGGACCAGACAUCAAGCUUUAUCCAUUCAUAUACCAUGCCGUCGAGUCCUGUGCAGAGACCGCUGACCAUUCAGGGCAAAGGACAGGGACCUGAGGAGCCGAGCGAAUAGCAUCUCCUCCCACCUCCCACCAGAGACGUCCUAUUUGAGCUGUCAGGUGUAAUAUAUGAAUUGACUUAAGUUAAUAUAAAUGUGUAUAUAAUCCACAUUUGUAGUCAAGGACGCAAUCUCUUCCACACAUAUGCAGUUGUCAGUUGGUACAUCUAAACUCCCUCCAUCUUGACUCACGUGGACUUAGAUAUGUUUUAUUUCUAUUUUCUUCUAUUUCAGUUUUCAUUCUUUGAUGUUUAUUUCUUUUGUCCAUCAGAUCUCUUGUGAAAUCCCAUGGAAGGUUGUGCUCAGCCUGUCGGGUCUCUUUCUUCCUGCCCAUAUAUUAUACCAGUUGCUUCUGCAGCCCGCAGAUGCCAGCGAUGCCAGGAAACAAGUUGAAAUCCAGGAAUCUCUUUAACUGAUUUUGCUAAAAAUCUCCCUGUGAGCCUUCCCCUCCACUCUUAAUAUGCUUGCAUUGUUUAAGUUUUUAAAUUCUGAAAAUUAGUAAUUAGGGUUUUUUUUUCAUAUAUGUUGCAUAAUGCAAACCUCCUAGGUUAAAAUAGUUUCUUUAUUUAAGAUAGAAUAAUUUCCAGAAAUUGUCCUUUUGAGGUAUCACUUUUAUCUAUAAUGGUUUGUCUGUCUUUUUUCCUCUGAUCAGUUUUUUUUAUACCAGUUUUGGAAACCGGCUGAGAUGAAAGGAAAUGUGGAAUAAAAGGAGGUUUUCCUGAUGUUGUGUAAAGAAAACAGAUUCAAGAGAAUUGAAGAUUUUUUUUGUUUCUUGGUACUUUUUUCUUUUUAAAUUAGGACUAAUGUUUCUUUUGUGGUGCUUGAGGCAUAUGCAUAUAACCAAAGUUUGAGAACUGGGAACUUCAUGCUGAUUUGUACAUAUUGAAGUUUCUCUGGUAUUCAAAGGUUAUAUAGUGAAUGAAUUUUCAUUAAUAAAUCACUUUGUCAGAAACUCCCAUAUCAUCUAUAUUUUAUAUAUGUAUAUAUAAACAUAUGCUCUUUAAGUGUGUCUAUAUGUGAGCACAUAAAAUCUAAAUAAAAUUGGACUGUUGGGAAACAAUUAGG